AUGGGCCUCAAAUGGCUAUUUGUAGUGGCGUGCACGCUAGCAUGCGUGAGCGCCGAUCGCGGUGGAUCAUCGCUACGAGGUGCGCUUGAAGCGCUGCAGCGGCGCCAGCGCGGCCGUAUGCAUGGACCCAUCCUACCACAACCCGACUACGAUGCCCUCUAUGAAUUCGUACCACCGCAAGGAUACCCUGAACCUGACUAUGCUGUUGAUGUCGAAGACAUUGAUGAGGAACCUAACCCAAAAUACAUCGUCAAACUUCUAGAUGACAACGAAAGGCCACCUGAGGCCUAUGAAUACAAACUAAUAAAGAAGAAGAACACGGCCAAUACUGCUGCUAAGAAAGAAUCAGCGUUCCGGGAAAGGAGCCAUCACUCCGAUAAUGACCGACUUCGUGAAUUAUUCAUGGAUAAAAAUGAAGGUGAAGAAAAGAAGGAACUUGACGAUGCACCUGACAAUGAUGCUGAGUACGCACUACUCUUGGGACAACUUUGGUCAAAAUACAAAUACAACAAAGAACACGCUAACAAUGUUGAAACUGCACCUCAAGGAGUUGUAAAACUUUAUAAAGAGAAAAUUGUCAAGAAGCGAUAUCCAGAUAAUUGGGGUCCUAUUGCUUUUAAAAGGAAGCGCAGUUCUGAUCCUGACUCCGAUAGGCCGAUAGUGUUUGAUUACGAAGGUAGGAAAAACAGCCCAGGACCUGUAGUAGAUCCUAAUUACAAUGCGUAUGAUGUUUCUGAUGAUGAUAAAGAUGAUCUUCGUGAAGAAUAUGCCAUCGCGUUCCAGCCACUUGAUGAUGACAGCUUGUCUGAUCUAGCGGAUGAAGAUCAAUACACUUAUGACGCAGUUGAGAAGCGCUUCCCAGUAACAAAACGCAGUAGUGGCUCUUACAACCUCAAUACUCAAAAGAAAAGAUUUGCCCAAAACCAAAAUAAACGUGACACGGCCAAGUCAUUCCGAAGCAGUGCCGGAACAGAUCCCAAACUUAUAAAGGAUCUUUCAAAAAUCUUCGGUGACUCUGAAAUUGAGAUUAUUAAAAAUCCAGUAAAACGUAAUACUGAUCAUGAAGAACACGAGCAUGAAGUAAAGCCACCAAUGCUAACACCCGUUCAUAAUUUGACUCAUGAACAUAACAAUACUGCUGUACAUGAUGAUAAUAGCCACGAACAUCACGGUCACAGCAUUCAUCAUCCGGGAAUUUCUGGCAAAGAAGUAGAGCACACACAUGAACAUACUCAGGGACACAGCCAUGGGCACGAUCAUGAUCAUACUGAAGAAAAGAAACAGAGCGACAAAGAUAAGCCACUUAACAUCCGAAAAAAAUCUAUCGAUUGGUCCGAUUACUUCGGAAUUGACAAGCGUAUUAACAAACAGGUCUCUUUUGUAAAUGGUUUAACUCAGGACAGACUGAGGAAGCAGUACUUUGAUACCUUUAACAAAGAAGUAAUUUACCCUGUGAACUCAUACCGCAAACAUAGCAACGUUAAAAGGAAUUAUGUCGAAACUAAACCCAACGAAGAAACUGAAAUUCAAAUAGAUAGAGCUCAUCUUGCCGUCAAAAAUGACGACAAGAGGAGUGCCACUGAUAAUGAUUCUAAACUUGACAACAUCGACAAGAAGUUACGAAACAUGGAAGGAUUAAUUGUGGAUGAAGCUUUACAUUAUUCAAACGUUGGAGAAGAACUCGAUUCUAAGGAGGAGCAAGAGAUGAAGGAAAAGUUGCUGUCUCGAUUAGCUGCUGCUUACAGCUUGGAAAAGAUGAGGAAAGCUUUGAAAGAAUUUAAGCAGAGUCUGCAAAUCCAAAAAACAAAAUCUAAUGCAGCACCAUCUCCGAUUCCCACCGAUGAGGCUAAGGCUAAGCGCGUGGCAGUAAAGAAAGAGAAAGUGGAAUUAAUGACCAAUGACAUUCCUGGAUUUGAGAAGACUAAUGACUUUGAAGAUGAACAAGGAGCUGGCCAUUACUUGAAUGGAAAAAUUGAGGAGCAGUUCUCCGAAGGUUACAUGGGCGGUAGCGGACGACACCGCAACCCUGUUUUAGCCACAGUUGCUGCAUCUGGGGCCUGUCCGGUUCUUGCCAAAAUUGUUCAACGUUGCCGAGGAGUAGACUUGCUGGCAGGAGACCGCGGACAACUGUUCCUACCGCUCUGCAGCUUACAUCAAAUCUGCUACCUUUGCGGAGAGGCUCCACCAACGACCUGCGACCUGGUAUUCCUGUCUGAAGCUGAUACGACUUGUGAGGGAGAUAUGAGUUGCCAGCGAGCUGCUCGCUCUGCACUGAUGGCUCUGCGGGAACUCCACGACAACCUGGCUGACGAGCUCGACGGAGAGUGCGAGGCCAGUCCCUGCUUGCCAGCCACCCUCAAGCUCAACCUGGGCUGGCAGCGAGCCUUCCAGCGAUAA